UCACUCUGGUGAAUGGAUCCCCAUCCCCCACACAGGGACCGACUCUGACUCUGUGUUCCCAGCGCCGCUACACACAGAGAAACACCACAGCAACGUUGCCAGACACAAGAGAUCCUACAGAAGAGAAUACGCUUACAUUGAGAGUUUUCUUUGUUCGACCGAGUGAAUUUGGUAAGGAUCAACCUGCGUAUAGAGCGGAGAGGAAUGUUUAUACAUCUGCGUGUUUGUCGAUGGUUUCCCUGUCUUUUUUCUUAUCCUUUUAAUUGUCCUCCGUGGUUAGCUACACUGCUUAGCUAGCUGUUCAGCUAUCGGGGAGCCGCACUGCCGAAUAUAACGGAUUUCUGUGGUUGCACAUCAAGCCCACAGAUUUGCAUAUCCACUUCCACCCCCUUAUUUGCAUACAGCAAGAAUGGCGAGCGGGCAUCCCACAGACAAAUUCAGUUUCAUGUAUCAACCAGACACGCACAAGAGUAAGAACAGGUUAGCUGCGGGUAUGAAUCCAGUCUACAGUCCUGUACAGCCCGGCGCUCCCUAUGGAAACCCUAAGAACAUGGCGUUCGCAGGUUAUCCAGGAGGAUAUCCCGCCGCUGCCCCGACCUACACACCUAACCUCUAUCAAACAGGCAGUCCUGGGUACCCACCAGGAUACACCGCGGCAGGCACCCCCUACAAAGUGCCUCCCAACCAGUCGAACGGGGCUCCCCCGCCCUACACCCCCUCCCCGUCCCCCUACCAGACGGCCAUGUACCCCAUCCGCAGUGCCUACCCCCAGCAGAACCUCUACACUCAGGGGGCGUACUACACCCAGCCGGUCUACGCUGCCCAGCCCCAUGUGAUCCACCACACCACGGUGGUACAGCCCAACAGCAUCCCCUCCGCUCUCUACCCCGCCCCUGUCCCUGCCCAGCGGCAACACAACGGCAUGGCGGCCAUGGGCAUGGUCGCCGGGACAACCAUGGCGAUGAGCGCAGGCACCCUGCUGACCACACCACAGCACCCUCCCCUUGGAGGGCACCCGGUCUCCGUGCCAACCUACCGACCCCAGGGGACACCUGGCUACAGCUACGUGCCCCCCCACUGGUAGAGCCCGCCCAUCAUAUCUGGAGUCCGCCAUCGUAUGCAACUGCUCACAUCUGUCAUGGGCUCUCAACAGGUACCAUGGAAACUCGGCACCUGUCUGCAAGAACAAAACUAAAGUGCAACAGCCACUUUACACUUAAUGUUAUUAUUAUGCGACAUUCUGUAAUGUUUUUACAAAAGCUGCUUUUAUUUUGUUAUUUCCUCUGUCUAUUUGCCAACCAGUCAUUAUUUUUUUAUUUUAAUUUUCUUUCCUAGUAUUUCAUUAAUUUUUAUUUUUUUUAUUUUCUCACACUUGUCGCGAUUGGAACCCCAGAAGGACUCUCGACCAAUCAUGGGUGUUCGUCGCCGCUGUUUGUCUUGUGCUACUGUGUGGCUCCGCCCCCUUUGCUCAGUUGACUGGACUUUCAUUGGGCACAUCAUUCGUGGUCGUUAUCCAAUUACCAGUCACUACCACAAGCCGCAAUUAUGCUCUCCAUCAACUUAUGCUGCCAAAUUUUCUAACUAGAUAUCAGCACAGGGUUUUAACAAAAUUAGGAUUUAUUUUCAGUUUGUUUUUCUGCUGUUUAUAUUCCUCGUCCUUGACUAUGCCCAAUGGCCUUGGCUUAGUUGUAUCCCCCUGCCCAUCCCCCUCCCCCACCUCCUCCUCAACCCAUUACAAUGUUUGACUUGGUCUGUCAAGUCUCAGUCGUGCCCCACUCGUCUGCUACUAGGGCUGUCCCCCAGCUUCUCUCUCUCCGUCUGUCUGUCUGUCCACCCUACCUUCAUAUCGACCGGUCCUCCUCCACACGCGUGUGUAAGACCGCUUGGCUACUGCUACCCAUCCAACCGCCCGCCCACCCUGUAUGUACCCAUUUGUUCACUAGAGCUUGCUCUACAGUGCGUACUAAACACAUCCACACUGCAGGCUAGGAUGUGGUGCCGCUGCACCCUAACACCCUUGGGCAACACGCCGGAGCUGGUCUGGUCACGGCAUCUCGUCACAUGGCCAAUGUGCGCCCGUUUUAAUUCUAAAAUGUGAAAACUGCAACAAUCGUGUCGACAACGCAUAUUCACAUGGACACAUACACGUGUGCACGCAUGCACACACACCAACACACACACAGACACAUAACGCACAUACACUCGCACAGGGGCUCCUGAGGCGUUUUCCCAAACACACUAGCACUUGUUUUAUAACACACACACACACAGAACAACUACACCACACACACGGAGGUUUGGAAUUGAUUGCUACUGCGUGGUCAGCACCGUGAGAGGGAGGGGGUAAGGAGCAGCAUUGGAACUAGAGGUGUGGGGGCACCGUAGGGGAAGGGCCCCAGUGCUACGCAUCGCUAGGGGAACAACCACGGACUGGAUGCAGGGUUUGAGGACUGCCGCGGCGCACGCCGGCCUCUGGCCAAACCCUCUUGCGGGAUGGUG